CCCCCCCCCCUCUCAUCCGGGUCCUCUCGCUCUCCUCCUCCCUGGUGGUUUGCACAUUUCAUCCCCAUCACAAGCGGCUCUGAGCCUCACAGCAGCGCGCGAGGAGCAUCGGGACUUUUUAGGGGAAACUUUUCUCUCUUUCCCCCCUGAGUCCUCGGAGGAUGCUCGCGCGGCGGAUCAACGCGUCUCUCGGGCUUUUCACGCACUAACCGUGGAUGGCUGCGGAAUGGAGAUAGCCCUGGUGAGCUUUGAGAACGGCGGCGCGAAAGGGAGCGGUGGAGGUGGUGGUGGAGGAGGAGGAGGUGGAGGCAACAAUGCCGAGGAGAGCUGCAGGAACGCGCUGGAUGUCCCUCAGUCGGGCUUCGUUCAAACUGGACUCGGAGAGGACUUCGGCAAAGAGCUGAACACCCGGGGGAGUCCUCAGCAUCACGCUCAUCACCAGCCGCAUCACCCGCUUCAUCUUCAUCAGCAUCAGAGCUCGUGGAAGAUCAACGACAUGAACAACACGUUCAGCUGCAGCGAGAACGCCAUGGAUGCGCUUUUACGCGCGGACCACAGUCCACAUCUGUUCGACGAGGACACGCUGGACAUGCACGACGUGGACGCGGAGAGCAACGAGAGGGUGCUCAUCAACAUCGCCGGGCUGCGGUACGAGACGCAGCUGGGAACCCUCAACCAGUUCCCCGACACCCUGCUGGGAGACCCCGCCAAGAGGAUCAAGUACUUCGACCCGCUGCGGAACGAGUACUUCUUCGACCGCAACAGGCCGAGUUUCGACGGGAUUUUGUAUUUCUAUCAGUCGGGGGGGAAGAUCCGCAGACCCGUCAACGUGUCCAUCGACGUGUUCGCGGACGAGAUCAGGUUCUACCAGCUGGGGGAGGAGGCCAUGGAGAGGUUCCGCGAGGACGAGGGCUUCAUUAAGGAGGAGGAGAAGCCGCUGCCACAGAACGAGUUCCAGAAGCAGGUCUGGCUCAUAUUCGAGUACCCGGAGAGCUCCAUCCCGGCCCGGGGCAUCGCCAUCGUGUCUGUGAUCGUCAUCACCAUCUCCAUCAUCACCUUCUGCCUGGAGACGCUGCCGGAGUUCAGGGACGAGCGCGAGCUUCCGGUCACCGGCCGGCUGGACAACAGCACGGCGCCGCGGCCGUCCCUCACCUUCACGGACCCCUUCUUCAUCGUGGAGACCACGUGCGUCAUCUGGUUCACCUUCGAGCUCUUCGUGCGCUUCUUCGCGUGCCCGAGCAAGUCGGAGUUCUCCAAGACGGUGAUGAACAUCAUCGACAUCAUGUCCAUCAUGCCUUACUUCAUCACAGUGGGCACGGAGCUGGCGGAGCAGCAGGGCCAGGAGCACCAGAACGGGCAGCAGGCGAUGUCCCUGGCCAUCCUGCGGGUCAUCCGCCUGGUGAGGGUCUUCCGCAUCUUCAAGCUGUCCCGCCACUCCAAGGGGCUCCAGAUCCUCGGUCAGACCCUGAAGGCCAGCAUGCGGGAGCUGGGUCUGCUCAUCUUCUUCCUCUUCAUCGGCGUCAUCCUCUUCUCCAGCGCCGUGUUCUUCGCGGAGGCGGACGAGCCGGAGUCGCACUUCUCCAGCAUCCCCGACGCCUUCUGGUGGGCCGUGGUCACCAUGACGACGGUGGGCUACGGGGACAUGCGGCCGGUGACCGUCGGGGGGAAGAUCGUGGGCUCGCUGUGCGCCAUCGCCGGCGUGCUGACCAUCGCGCUGCCGGUGCCGGUCAUCGUGUCCAACUUCAACUACUUCUACCACCGCGAGACGGACCAGGACCAGUCCUCCCUGAAGGACGAGCCCAACAGCGGCCCCGCCACCCCCGAGCUGAAGCGCAAGGGCAGCAAGUCGUCCUCCAAGUCGCAGCAGGAGGCGGAGAGCGCCGAGGGGCCCGGGUCCGUGGAGAAGGCGAACAUCAAGGCGAACAGCAGCCUGGACUUCAAGAGGUCCCUUUACGCGUUCUGCUUGGACACGCGGGAGACCGACCUGUAGGCUCCUCUUCGAAGACCCUCAAAGGAACCCAGAACUGUCAAAGCCCGUGUUUGUUUAAAAAAAAAACGUUAAUGGGCCCGAGUCUCUGCACAAAGACAGUCGGGUCCGCACAUUUGCCACGGGGCUGAUUUACAAAAGCACAUUUUGAAUCCUCCUCUUGGACGGAACCACGGACCACGUGGUGCACCGCGGCGGCCCUUUGAAGAACACGAGCACCUCUUGGAUUAAAAAACAAUACUCAACCUAAAACCGUGCUGCAGAUAAUCAAGGACUUGGAAUAAUUACUCGACACUUCGAGCGGGAACAUCGUGUACAUAUAACUAAAAGAAGUCCAUGGUCACAGUGAAAAAAAUACAAGAAAAAAAGCCAAAUUUUAUUUUUCGAACCCCACGUUUAGUCAUUAUGUUUACGCUGAGUAGAAGAAAUACAAGGUGCAGCAGGAGUGUACAUAUUCCCUCAAAAACUGCUAUUCAUCAAUUGGAUUAUAGUGAUUUUUGGAGAAAAAGAAGUAUAUUUUUGAGAAGCAGACACGUGUUUCUCCUCCACUCAGGUUCUGAGACACUUUGGUUUCCACUCUGAGGACCCGGCGAAGAGUUUCAGCCUUGUUUAUGAUCGCUUUGAAACUAAAGAAAAUUUGUGAUUACUUUUAAAAUGAAAAAGGACAUAAAAUGGUAGUAAAGUAAUGGAAUGACAGCCAAGAAAAAGAGGACAGAGCAGAGACCAUCUGGAGAGAUCAAGCCACAGAGAUUCCAGAGAGUUGACGCCCUGCCCUCCGACCAUCAGGAGAGUCCAUCCGCCAUGAAGGGAGCCCCCUCCACCGGGACACGCCAGACACGCCAGACACGCUAAACACGCUAAACACGCUAGCUGCUGCUGCCCUUCGACAAACAGCAUCCGCCACCUUUUUUUGGAACACUGUGCCUUCAACCGAAAUUCACCAGUGAUACUUCUGAAGCUUCUGCUUUUUAGUUCUUUGUUCGAUCAUCUUCCUGCUGUGGGAGGGCCUGGGAUCACAUGUUCCUGUCUGGAGUUUAAAAAAAGAAAAAACCUAAUCAGGAACCAGGAAAUGCAAAUAUUGAUCAUUUUAACAACCUAACUUGUUCUUUUCUACAAAUGGUGUUAGUGAUUUGCUUCAAAUCAGAAGGAAAUCCCUCGCUGUGCAAUAUCAGUCCAGAUUUAUGUCGAGUCGUCAUGUGGACAAACUUUUUGGUUUAUUUUUGUAACGAUGUUUUCCUGAUUUCUAUUUUUCUAAAACGAUGAAAGACAACUGAGCGGAGAGGAAGAACCACAAAGAAGAACAGAAAGGACGUUUGUUGGUGUCCUUUUAGUUUCCCCUGGACUCUCCCUCGUCCUGCUCGUCCCGGAGCCAAAGCCAUAGUCUAUCUCAGAUACCCCAAAACAGCAAGAUGCAUUCAGGGUCUCCGUGGGGGGCCGACGCCGCAGGCUCCUCCCGUCUCUGCUGUUGGACUCUACGAGGAGCCACGUUCUUUGGUUUCUACUCUUCUCCUUCAGGGGCUUGAACCUGAAGUCUUUAGUAUUUGUCUACCUUUGUGUGGCCUGUUCUUCUUGCUGUUAUUUUGUACUUCCUCCUACAUAUCAAUCUAAGUGGCAUGAGUACGUGUGACGGUGAGAACAAUGAAUGAGUGUGCGUUUGCCAGAAUGCGAGGAAGCCUGCGAACGCUCAAACAGAAGCGCCAUGACGCCUCCUCAGAGGAAAGAGACAAUCAACAGCUGCUGAGGAGUUGAGAUGCGUUCUUUAGAGAAAACCAAAGCAGUUUAAAGGAGUUCCUCAAAAAGCUCCAUUAAUCGGGGUUGAAGCUGCAGGGACGUCAAUAUCAAACGAUGCCUUCAUGUCCAAUUUUUAAUACAUGAAAACGGAGCUGUAGACAUCCAACCAUCUUCACAAAAGUCCACCUCAGGACGUUAAAGUUUGCAUUAAAAACCACGACAACGAGCCUCUGAACUUUCAACCACAUUUCCUCUUUUUUAACAUAUCUUCUUGCCAAAGCUCAAGAGUCAAUAUCUAAUGCAUCAGCCAGCGUAAUUAAAACAAUAACUAUUGGUUCUCUUGAAAUUGUGCCUUUCAAAGGGCUGGUUUUGUUCAGAAGAUCAGAGGCAAGUUAAACUAGAGCGUCGCUCAAAGAGCGUCGACCUGCAGCAGGUUGAAGCAACCUGUGGUUCUGAUCUCCUUCAGUGAUCCUCAGCAAACACUUUUAAAUCCCAUUUGAAUCAAACAUGUGAUGUUUGUCACGUUCAGGUCGAAGUAGCCGCGUCAGGGUCACGUCUCGUGUUGUAGGGUCCACGUGUCAGACUGUGAAGACACGUCCUCACACAGAAGACACAACAGGUCCCUUAAAAUAGAUUUCUUUGUCUUCCAGUCUGAUGAAAAAAAUCAUCCAGUUCAAUCAAUUUAAGUCAAAGCUUCCUGUGUUAAAGCGUCAUUCUGUGUAGUGGCCAGCAGGGGGCGACUCCUCUGGUCCCAUGGACUCCUCCGCAUGAAGCCCUGUGGUCCAACAUGUCUCCUCUCUAAUAAAGUACUUCUGCUCUAUUUACUUUUGCUGGUGUUCACAAACUCAAGAGAAAAUAAUGGAAAUAUCAGAUAUUGUUUAGAUUAAUUUACAAAAUAUCCAGAGUUGAGCUGAGACUGAAAAAAAUACUCCUACAAAGGUUUCACAAUAAAAGUCUCCUAAUGGAAGUGAAGCCAUCGUGGUCAUGAGAUGCCUGGAAGGCUUUUAAUGUGAAAGUAGGCUUCUAUUUGAGCGUUUGCAGUGUUUCCUGUUUUAUUGUUUCAAUCCUGUUUCCUGCCGUGGUGAAAUGUUUCUGUGCAUCCUUAAAGCUGCUGUCCUCGUACCGAGUAGACCGGAGACGUCCAGCCUUACCCCUGAAGUCCUACAACGUCCUCCAGCACUGUCCAAGAUACAGAACUCCACGGCUCAGUUUGUGCCUUCUACGGGAAUCCACUAUUACCUUCAAUGAGGGACUGGUCCUGGACCAGGCUCAGUGUAGUCCUGAUCCUCCAUGUGAACCAGGCUCAGUGUAGUCCUGAUCCUCCAUGUGAACCAGGCUCAGAUUAGUCCUGAUCCUCUAUGUGAACCAGGCUCAGAUUAGUCCUGAUCCUCUAUGUGAACCAGUCUCAGAUUAGUCCUGAUCCUCUAUGUGAACCAGUCUCAGUGUAGUCCUGAUCCUCUAUGUGAACCAGUCUCAGAUUAGUCCUGAUCCUCUAUGUGAACCAGUCUCAGUGUAGUCCUGAUCCUCUAUGUGAACCAGUCUCAGAUUAGUCCUGAUCCUCUAUGUGAACCAGUCUCAGAUUAGUCCUGAUCCUCUAUGUGAACCAGUCUCAGAUUAGUCCUGAUCCUCUAU